AUGCAGUAUAUUAAAAAAUGGAGCAUUAAGCAUCACGCCGCCGGAAUAUUCCCCAUUUGCCACCGGAAUUUCAGCAUCCCGGCAGUAGUUUUCUCCACCGGAGGAUACGCCGGGAACCAAUUCCACGACUUCACCGAUUUGCUAAUUCCACUCUACUUGACUUCUCAACCCUUCAAUAGAACAGUGCUCUUUCUCAUAACCGACAAGCGCUAUUCUUGGAUUUUCAAAUACAAAGAGAUACUAAACAAACUGUCCAAAUACGAGGUCGUAAACAUAGACAAGAAAAGCCAAGUUAUGUGCUUCCCGAAAUUGCUAUUCGGCCUAAAAUCCCACAAAGAAUUCGGAAUUAAUCCUUCGGAAUUUCCGUACCAUUCGAUCAACGACUUCAGAAAUUUCCUUCGCAACACGUACUCAUUAGAGAGAGAAACCAUCGACGACUAUUAUUCCUCAAAACAGCGGCCUCGGAUGCUAAUCGUUUCUAGAAACAACACCCGAUUCUUGAAAAACGAAGGCGAAGUAGGGAAUAUGGCUCGAGGGUUAGGGUUUGAGGUUGUAGUGAGAGAAAUCGAGCAGAAUAUUUCACUCGUCGCAAAAUUCGUGAAUUCGUUCGAUGUAAUAAUGGGAGUGCAUGGGGCCGGGUUGACUAACAUGGUGUUUCUUCCAGAUAACGCAGUUGUCGUCGAAAUUGUACCGUUUGGUUUGGAGAAUUUGGCGGAGCCUUACUUUCGGAUUCCUUCGAAAGAAAUGAAGUUGAGGUACUUAGAGUACAAAGUGAGUUUGAAUGAAAGUUCUUUGUUAGGGAAAUAUGCUGAUGAUAGUGUUGUUUAUAGAGAUCCUGGUGGACUUCAAAAGAAGGGGUUUCUUCGUUUUCGGUCUGUGUAUUUGGAUAAUCAAGAUGUUAGUCUUGAUUGUGGUAGGUUUAGGGACACACUUUUGCAAGCUUUAGAGAUUCUCAAGAAUUAA